AUGCCUGGCAUAACAGUUGACCUUGAAACAUUAAAGGACAUGGUCAAGAAUGUCCAUCGCCCACGUGAAAUUAAUAUGGACUCACCGAGAUAUCAUGGUCAGGAAGUACCAGAAAAAGCAGCUUGUAUGAUUACGAAUGUUCCUGGCACCACAACACAAUAUGCAGGGGAAUUGUCUUUUGAUUAUUUCUCGGUCAAGAUCCAGCAAGUCAUCAAUAACUCCUUACGGACAAUCCCCGUUAAGGAGCACGAAUCCCGAAGUCUUUUUGGAGAUCAAUGGGGUGCGCAAACUUUGUCCACUGACCCGGCUCUUGCCUUCUCAUGUCUGAACUGUCUUCCACCAGCCGAAGUUGCCAUGUUCCUCAUACAGACCUUUUUUAAGUACGCGCAGACAAACGAGUUCUAUGUCGAGGAGACCUACCUAAUCAAUAUUUUAAAUACAUACUACCAGGGGCGCGCUGACGCCCUGUACGCCCAGCCCAGCUCAAUAUGUGUUAUCCUGAUGACAUUGGCAAUCGGCACUCGAUUUGCGCAUAUGCAUUGUCCCACAAAGGCCCAACCAAACUUAGCCGAGGCAUUCGGUGGCCACGAGAGAGGACUGUCCAGCUUUUCAGAAGACCAGCUAGGGUUGGCCUUCUAUCGCUCUGCGUCCAAGCUUCUUCCCAUGCUUUUGGCCGCACCGUCUCUCCGUAGUGUGCAGGCUUGUCUUUUAACAGGAACCUACUUUCUACACUUGGAUCCAUCGGGGCUCUCAUACACAUAUUUCGGCAUUGCACUAAGAAUGGCGAUCCAGAUUGGGAUGCAUAGGCGAUACCAGGGGAAUGAUUUGGAGAGUGAAGCCAUGGAAGUCCGGAACCGGGUAUUCUGGACAGCCUAUUCCUUGGAGAGACGUCUCGGUAUUAUACAUGGCAAACCUCCAUCACUAAGUCCCGCAGAGAUUGAUACAUCCAUGCCCGUCGAUAUUCCAUACCUCCGAUCUCAAGAAAGUUUGCCGAGCGUUAACAACAUGGUGAUGUCUAUCUCCCUGACAUCCAGUUUGGUCGACUUUGCAAAUGAGCUGUAUGUGACAACGAUUGAGACCCUAUCAAUGCAGCUUUACUAA